UGUUGCAACGGCGCCUUCCGGUUCCGGCCGCUUACCCUGCCUCCCUUCUUCCCUCCGCAGAUCGAGAGAGGGAGAGAUCGAUCGAUCGCUUGAUUGCUGCCCUCCUCCCUUCCUCUGUUCGAAGAGAGAUCGGUCGGUCACCUGUCAGUCAACUCGCCGUCCUUCUUUCAGCCGGAGAUGUUUCCUGCAUGUAUAGAAAAAGGGGACCCUUGAAGAACACUUUAAACGAGUUGGCGGAUAGACAAAAGGAAGAAGAGAGUGAGCAGGAUGUCGAAGUCGUGCAAAGGUUUGGCAAUGGAGCUUGUGAAAUGUCUUAGCGAGACAGACUGCGUUAAGGUUGAGAAGCGCCCAUACAGGGAAUGCGCCAAAGACAACAGUAUUCCCAGCGAGUGUAUUGGUUUGAGAGAAACGUACUUCAAUUGCAAAAGAGGCCAGGUUGACAUGCGUGCUCGAAUACGUGGAAACAAGGGCUACUGAGUGGACUUGCUUUCCUUGUAGGGUUGGACUUUGUACACCAUAAUUUUCUUGUGCACUGACAUGAUAGAACUUGAUGCAAUGCCUUUAUAAAGCAGUUUCUGGAUCCUUCAGUUCA